UUGAGCAAAACUUUGAUGAUCCAAGGACUGUGAAAUAAAGUUGGCAUUAAAAAACUGUGAAAGAAAGAUUAUACCGAUGACUGUGAAGUUCGUCGGAACUCGGAACCGAUGAAAUGGAAUAUUUCGUGAGAAGGAAAGAUCAAAACUCUAAGAAUUCGACCGCGGGAAUUAAUGGUCAAUGACCUCGUAAGUCGUAUUUGCAGAGACCCGCACUCUCAAGGUACGAUGGUGAACUGGUGGUCCAGGUACAGAGAGAUGGGAGUAUCGAGUCUGUUAUUGUUCACAGCACACAGCGCAUAAGUACCUGGUAGGGACUUCCCAAGAUGUAGUUGGCUACUGCAUUGUUCUUUGUCUUCCACGCUUUCACUUUCAUGUGCUAUUUCCUUUUUGUUUUCUUCCUUUCAAUCAUAAUUCCCAAUAUAGAAUCAUCUCCACCGUCGUCACUAUCUUCAGUCACUCGUGCAUUUUUGUCAGUGAUCGCUUCUGCUGUUCUGGUUUCAAUCUCUCUCCCUCUCUCCCUCAUUGUGGGAAACUAAGUAGUAAGAAGAAGAAGGCGUUAUGACUCUUGCUCAAUGGCACAGUGCGCUGCUAUGGUGUCCUUCUCGAGUUACAAGAAUCCCUCAUCAAUUCUCAUCAUCAAUUCAUAGCAAGAGGAGAUUGACAUCCUACGGAUAUGGCUUGUUCAAAUCUUCGACAUUACAUGCGCAUUGUCCUAGGGAAAACAGUGAAGGUAGAUGGGAGGCUCAUUGUUACCGGUCAGAAAAUAAAUCAGGUUUGAACACAAAUGCUGGUGUUCUAGGGAGUAUGGAUGCCAAGUGCACUAUGAUGGAGAACAUAAAUAAUAAUGUCGAAAAGGGUCCAUGGACAGAAAGCAUGGUACAAUCUUUGUCAUUGUACUUCAUACAAAGAGUAACUCAUCAAAUGUUUUUUCUCCGGAUAUUGAAAGUUGUUCAAGGAAUGCUUCCAGAUAUUCUUCAAACUCUUACCGCAACAAGCUUGCCUCUUGCUUGUGUCUCCAAUACCUUGAAUAAGCCCAGCCCUCUGCGCUUAAAUGUGUCCUUUCCCUCUUUUAACGAUAUUAGUUGGAGCUUAGCGCGUUUGAUAUACUUGUUCAACGUCCAACUUGAGAGAAAUGUUGCCACGAUCUUUGUGGUGCUCCUUGUAGCAUGUUCAUCGUUUGUUUUUAUUGGUGGUCUCCUGUUUUUCAAAUUCAGGGGUCAAAAGCAGUCAUUAGAGGAGUGCUUCUGGGAAGCCUGGGCAUGCCUUAUUUCAUCAUCAACCCAUUUAAGACAAUCAACACGGGUUGAGCGUGUUAUUGGAUUUAUUCUUGCCAUAUGGGGUAUAAUGUUUUACACUCGCCUUCUAAGUACAAUGACCGAACAGUUUAGGAAUAAUAUGCAAAGACUCCGAGAGGGGGCCCAGAUGCAAGUUUUGGAGACUGAUCAUAUCAUCAUUUGCGGUAUGAAUAGUCAUCUGCCUUUCAUAUUAAAGCAGCUAAACAAAUAUCAUGAAUUUGCGGUCCGCUUAGGCACUGCUACAGCUAGGAAGCAGAGAAUCCUUCUUAUGUCUGAUCUUCCUAGAAAACAGAUUGACAAAAUAGCUGAACCAAUGGUGAAAGAUUUAAAUCACAUUGACGUCCUUACAAAGAGUUGCAGCCUUAGUUUGACGAAAUCAUAUGAAAGAGCCGCGGCCAACAAGGCUCGUGCAAUAAUUAUACUGCCAACAAAAGGGGAUAGGUAUGAAGUUGACACGGAUGCUUUUCUAUCUGUUUUAGCCCUUCAACCAAUUCCGAGAAUGGAUUCUGUCCCCACCAUUGUCGAAGUUUCAAGUUCCAAGACAUGUGAGCUCUUAAAAUCUCUAUCAGGAUUGAAAGUGGAGCCAGUAGAAAAUGUUACAUCCAAAUUAUUUGUUCAAUGCUCUCGGCAGAAAGGGCUUAUAAAGAUCUACAGACACUUGCUAAAUUAUCGAAAAAAUGUAUUUAAUCUUUGCAGCAUACCUAACGUAGAAGGAAUGACCUAUAGGAAAGUAAGACAUGCAUUUAAAGAGGAAGUUGUCUGCGGCCUUUAUCGGAAUGGAAGGAUAAACUUCCAUCCAAAUGAUAGUGAGAUCCUGCACCAAACUGAUAAAGUAUUAAUGAUUGGCUCCCUUCGUGAUACAAAGGAGGCACAUGCAUACGCAGGCAAAAAAGAAGGAAUUCAUGGAAUUCAUGACCAAGAAAUUCAAGAACAAGAUAUUGAGCAUGCCAUAGAAUUGAGUAAAAUGAGACUAGCUAAUAUUGUAAAGCGUCCUAAAAGAUCAGGUUCUAAGGCAUCAGAUGGAGAUCUGGGACCAAAAGAGUGCAUUCUUUUGCUUGGGUGGCGCCCUGAUGUUGUAGAAAUGAUUGAAGAGUAUGAUAACUAUCUUGGUCCAGGAAGUGUUGUGGAAAUAUUAUCAGAUGCACCAAUUGAUGACAGGAUCAGGGCCAGCAAAAUUAGUGGUCAAAGUAAUCUCAAGAAUGUUCAAAUUUCUCACAGGAUUGGAAAUCCUUUGGACUAUGACACCUUAAAACAGACCCUUCUGAAUAUCCAGAAAUCUAUUGGUCAUGAAGAUAUUCCCUUGUCGGUUGCAGUCAUAUCUGACAGAGGAUGGCUUCUUGGAGAUCCAUCUAAGGCAGAUAAGAAUUCUGCUUAUUCUCUCCUACUAGCUGAAAAUAUCUGCAAAAAACUUGGAGUUAAGGUGCAUAAUCUAGUUGCAGAGAUUGUUGAUUCAAAUCUGGGGAAACAAAUUGCUAGAAUCAAUCCAUCACUGAACUAUAUUGCAGCAGAGGAAUUAAUGAGCCUUGUCACAGCCCAAGUAGCGGAGAACAGCGAACUUAACGAAGUUUGGAAAGAUGUACUAAAUGCAGAGGGUGAUGAAAUAUAUGUGAAGGAUAUCAGCCUUUACAUGAAAGAAGGAGAGAAUCCAUCAUUUUGGGAGCUCUCAGAGAGAGCAUAUCUACGGAGAGAAGUAGCCAUAGGUUAUGUGAAAAAUAACAGGAAGGUUAUUAACCCAAUUCCAAAGUCAGAACCCCUCUCUCUUGAAUUGACAGACUCGCUGAUAGUUAUUUCUGAGCUUGAAGGAGAACAGCCUGUGGUCUUAUAAUGCUGAUGCUUCAACUAUAAUCUUAUCUUGAUGCUGCUUCAUUGCUGCUGCAGGGACAUUGUUUCCACCACCUUGUAUAAACCCUUGCUGAGAUUAUCCUAGGAAUCUCUCAUUUGAUCAAGCCCUAGAAGAAUAAAGGAUGAAUCAGUUGUCUUUUAAUCUUGCAGCCCAGGAUCAUUCAAAGGCUUUAGAUUUAGAGGCAUUCAAUAAAUAAUGGUCACAUUAUAGAUCACUAGGAGUCAUUCUGGCUAGGAAGGUAUUGUAUAUUUAGGGACUUCAUAAGUUGUCCUUUUUUUUUAAAAAAAAAACCAAAGCUUGUUAAUAAGUUCUCUAAUGCAGAGAUUCUGCUAUUAGACAAUGCUAUAUUCAGUUUUGAAUCCAUUUAGUUCCUUUUUUUUCCCC